UUUGAGGGAUGUUUCUCUGUUGAUCGCAUGCCUAAACUAUUGUUUUUAUUAUAAUACUUAGAACAAUCUAAAACUAAAAUAUUAAUAUUAAAAUAUUUUUAAUAAGUUAUUUUAUAUUCUGUUAAAAAUGUCCUACCGAGAUCUUCGAAACUUUACAGAAAUGAUGAGGGUUUUGGGAUAUCCAAGAAUGAUUUCAAUGGAAAAUUUUUGUAAUCCAAAUUUUCCACUUGUAGCUGAAAUUCUUAAAUGGCUAGUGAAAAGGAACUAACACCACAGGGGAGCAUAAGGACUACUACUGGCUUUUAUAGCUCCUUGUUUUUACUAUCCUGUUCUUCUCUGGUACUCUGGACUGUAUGAUCCUGAUGCUGAUUUACCCAGUGAUAUCGACACACAGCAAGAUAGAGUGAUAUUUGUAAAGUCUGUUGCUCACUUCAUGAGGACUAAAGCUCAAAUCAGGUUGAAUAUGAAAAAGCUCUAUAUGGCUGAUGGUUACUCGGUUAAGGAGUUACUUAAGAUCACCACACUUCUCUACAAUGCCAUGAGAACUAAAGAGUCAGGAGAUGAUCUUGAUGAAGAUAGUUCUUCUAAUUUAAAGGUGAACUUGUCUGAAAGGGUUAGUGAUUUAAAAAGAACAAGGCAGUUGGCCUCUGAAAUAACUACUAAAGGAGCUGCCUUGUAUGACUUGCUUGCAAGAGAGCUUGAUCUAAAGGAUAUGCGGACAACAGUGGUUGCCAAGCAACUGGAUAUCACAGAACUUGAAGGAGAACUGCGAAAUGCAAUUCGAAACGUUGAAGAGAAAAUUCAGAAGAUAAAUAUCUUAAUAGAGAAUGUGUCAACAGAUGAAACAAACUUGGAAGCCAAGAUAGAAAAAAGAAAAUCUGAUUUGGAAAGAAACCAGAAACGUUUACAAGCAUUGAAAUCAGUUAGGCCUCCGUUCAUGGAUGAAUAUGAACAUUUGGAAAAGGAACUUGAGAAAACGUAUGAGGAGUACACCUUUAAGUUUCGUUGUUUAGCAUUUCUAGAUCAGCAACUCGAAGAGUUGGAGAAAGCUGAACGAGAAUAUAGUGAGGAGCAAGACCUGCAGAUAAAGAAGAUGGUCGAGAAGAUUCGUCAAGAAGAGAUGUGGAGAGCAUGUGAUCCCAGCAGUCUGGAGGAUGUUACCAAUAUUGAUCAUCUUGUAGCUCUUGCAAAACCUAUGGAACUGCAACCAACUGAAGUGAAAAGAGAGUCUGCAAAACAAAGAGUAUUUGGAUCAAUGACAGGAAUGGGCAAAAAAGAAAAUUUAGAUACUGACUCGGAUCUUGAUUUGGAAGAUGAUGAUGGCUCAACUGAUGAGGAGAUUAAGUUUAACACGAAACCUGGAAACAAGAAGAUGAUUCCCAGAACUUUUCUACUGCGGGACAGCGAUGAUGACUUUUAACUUGAGUGAGAAAAUAAAUGAACAUCACAGGAAUUAGUAGAUUGUGAGAAAAUAAACGAACAUCACAGAAAUUAGCACACAGGAUAGAAGAUAGUGAGAAAAUAAAUAAACAUCACAGGAAUUAGUACACAGGAUAGAAGAUAGUGAGAAAAUAAAUAAACAUCACAGGAAUUAUUUUAAACUCUUUCUCAACCAGAUGCAACUUUACAUUUUUAGGUACUUACUUUUACAAAGAACAAAAUGAUUUUUGAUUAGAGAAUGAUGAUGUAACUGUUUUAAUGUUGUAUUAAUACACAGAACAUAAACUACCAAGAAAAUCUUCCAGUACAUCCAGAACCUGAAGGUGUAAUUGUAUUAAUACCCAGAACAUAAACCACCAGGUAAAUCUUCCAGUACAUCCAGAACCUGAAGGUGUAAUUGUAUUAAUACACAGAACAUAAACCACCAGUAAAUCUUACAGUUCAUCCAGAACCUGAAGGUGUAACUGUUUUAAUGUUGUAUUAAUACCCAGAACAUAAACCACCAGGUAAAUCUUCCAGUACAUCCAGAACCUGAAGGUGUAACUGUUUUAAUACCCAGAACAUAAACCACCAGAUAAAUCUUACAGUUCAUCCAGAACCUAAAGGUGUAACUGUUUUAAUGGCAAGAGAGAAAAUGUUACCAAAAGUAAAAUCAUCUCAAAUAAAUGUAUGUACUAAUUCAGAAAUAACUUAAUUUUAUAUUCUUCUGGUUUAAAAAUGAAGGUGCAAAACAUUUUGUAUAAAGCAUUUUUGUAAUUUGUUAAUACGACACUAGGUUUACAAACAGUUAUUUCAAAGCACUAACUACUUUCUGUAGCAAUUUUAUUAGACUUCAUUAAAUGUAAUAGUUAAUUCUAUUAGUGAACAAAUUUUGUAUUUUUAAUUGAUAAUAAAUGUUAUUUAUCAGAAAUAACAGUAUGUUUGCCUGUGUUUUAAGAAAAUGAGAAUUCAUUGUAUUUUCCCUCUUCUAAGUAGUGAAAUGUAACAUACUAGAAAAUGUUCAUAUUACAAAAAUAAGCAAUUAAAUUUUAACGUGCUGCUCGAGUGUGUACAUUUAGGGUUUGAACUGGAAGAAACAUUUCUAUACAAGGAUUUUAGUAAUGAAGAAUAUGAUGUCAUUUGUUUUGACUGAACAAGGAAAUUUAUAUUUUAUAAAAGUAGCUUAAUACUGUGUUUGGAAUGAUAUUUUCUUGAAAUAAAAGUCAUUUAAUAUUUUCUUUUA